AAAAAACAGCAAAUAGCUUCAAGUCUCAAGAGUAAUGGUGGUAAACUGGGUAAGUAUAAAACAACCAGCCUGCUUUGUGGAGUAAACAGGGUCAUUACACUGAAGGCUACAGCAAUGCAUCCAUUUACAUCACAGGAUUCGUCCAACAUAUCAGCAUUGUAAGCCUUUGAAAACAGUUCUUUUCAUCACAAAACUAUCUAAUGGUUUAUGUUUCUCAUCUUUUUUUUUUUUUUUAAUGAACUAGGUAUGAUCAAAUAUCCUGGCACAGAGAUGUGGAUCCCUGCAGUGUUUGGAAUGAAAAUCCCAGAUCCUGGUGGGUCUGGUUUGAUGGUGCCAAUUCUGGGAAUAGACUGUGACUGGAAUAGUAGGCAGCCUUUUCCACUUGCAGGAACCAUGGAAGAUAGAGAUGGAAAAGGUAGAGUAGGAAAUUGAAUUGAAUGAUGUAAGCAAUAGAGAGACAAGGACAUGUCGUUUUCAGAGUGAGGAAAACGCCCUACCAAAAUAGAUCUGUUUCUACCUCAAUACUGAACAGAAAAUAUCAGUUUUCAUGGUGUGUACAUUCAGAAAAAGCAACACCAGAAUAAGAGUGAAGGAGAGCUAAGACUGAGACCAAAUCACAGUGGGGCUUUCAGACCUUCAAUAAUCUACUCUACUCUUUAGAACUAUUCUGAUGUUAUUCUCAGUGAUGGGGCCAUAAAUUGAUGCUAUUCAAAGGUGAAGGUCCACAGUGCCGUGGUCCAACACUUGGUACACAGCAUUUUCCACUCACGAAAAUUCAGUUUGUUUUUCACUGGGUGAUUUGAAAUCAUUGUCAGUUCCUUUUGAACUUAAAAGCUGCCCACUAGGGCUGCAGCUGGAAUUCAUGAUCUAAAUUCUAAGUAUUAUACUUCGUUUUUCUUUGUCCACAGGCCUUGUUCCCAUCACUAUUGGUGCCAGAACCCUAAGUCCAGUUACAGGUGAAAUUGGGCCUGUUAUAGGUGCCCAAACCAACCCCUGGACACACAAUGUAAUUCCUACUGUUCAGUCUCUUGGAGCUUUACCAAGAAAAGCUACAGAUCCAGAUCUGCUGGACUUUCUAGAAAAGGAAAUAAAUUCAAGGCAUACAUACUGGCGUUGCAGAAGGAAAAAGGAAGAAGGGCUUCUUAGAAAGCUGACCUCACUAUUUUUUCAUGUCCCUGAUGCUGCAAAAGAGGGAAAAGCACAGAAGGUAAAAUACAAGGAAAAAGUGAAAGGCCUUGAGGAAAUAUGCCAUUUUCUUGAAGAGUCCUCUCUGCAGGAAGUUGAGAGACGAACCUCUAGGUGUUUUAGUAGCCAGCUGGCUACUGAACUAUCCUUGCUAUUCAAAGCCGACAGAGAUGAAAAAGAACAGGAAAUACAGGUUCUGCUGGAGAUCAGAAAGGCACAGGGAAAGCUGAUGGAGUUCAUUGAAAAGAUGCAACUAGAAGAAGAACGAAUAUACAUGCAGCUGACAGAGAGAGGAAAGCAAAGGAGCCACAUCUCAAGUACCGAGACAGUAACAAACCUGAAGCUCAGAAAGGCCAUACUUGCUCUUGCCUCUGAGUCUCAGCAACACCUACUGAAACAACAAGCUAAUGUGGAGAUUGCGUACGCCAAACUGGAAUACUUGAGGGACUUGUCAAAUAUCCAAAUGCAGCAGACUAAGGUACUGAUUUCACCUCGAGGGAAAUAAAAAACAAUCAUGUUUCUUACUUCCUAACAAAAGCAUGAGCAAUUGCCGUGUUCUGAGAAUAUCCAUCCAAGAACAUCGCUGCAAGACAUCAGAGAGCUGUAAAAUUACAAAAAACUCAAAUGAGAAUUGCAAAAUGUGAUUUAUAAAGUACAUACCAAAGAAUUUGGAACUUGGAAAUUCAAUCAAAUUUAACUUCAAAAGGCAGUUUUUUAACAGCAGGGUUAGAAAAAAAGUUAGAAUAGAAUAACAUAGGAUAAGUCACUUAGAAGGGACCUGCAGCGAUCAUCUAGUCCAACUGCCAAGUUUGUCAGUUUGACUAUUUGCUGAGACACUUUAAACAGCUGGACCCCUGAAGUUCUGUACUUCCUAAGGAAGAAGCACCAGCUUGAAAGACGUGGAAAAAUCUGGGAGUUGGGUGCUAUGGGACCAUAAUCAUUGCAAAAGGCUUUUAACAUGCUGAGGCAAAGUGCUGUAGCAUCUUCUUGAGUCACUGGACAGUUUGCAUAGGAUGGCUAUGAAUUGAAAAUAUAAGGUUUUCGUAAGAAUGGAAAGAAUGCCAGGAUGCUUUUUUCAAUUAUAUUUUUGACAGGCAUGAAAAGGUUUUCGUCUGCUUUAUGCUGUUUCAGGUGCAUUUCUCUGGGUCACAAAAGUGUUUUGAAAACUAUCAGACAAGCAGAUUUUAUGGCAUUAGUGGGAUCUCACACAGUACAUGUGAGGUCAUCCAACAAAACUUGAUCCCGCUACUCAAGUCUACUGUUCGGAUGCUGGAGGAAAAUAGCAGUAGUGUAUCACCUGAGACAUCAGGCUACUCAUCAAGCACUUUAAAAGCAUCUGGUGCUCAUUCAGAAGCAUUAAGAGCUGAAGCAAGUCAGGAAACUGCUUCGGUUUCCAUAGCCUCACCAGUCCUGCCCACUUCACUUUCAGAAAGGAUCAGCCACGCACAAGAAAUACAGACAAGGUUUUUCUUUGAGAAGCAUGCUUGUGAACUGGCACAUCUGGAACUGUCCUUAUUGACAGAAGAAAUAAACGCUAUCUUUGCCUUUUAUGAGUUAUCCAAGGCUAAGGAAAAGGACUACCAUAAAGGAAGUUGGGGGAUGAACACCAGUAAAGGAACAGAAGCAACCAGCACAAAGGACUCACUUCUCAAAGAACUGUCAGAACACCACCACCAUGCUGAACAAGCCCUCCGUCAGAAACAAUUGGAAGAAAUCAAGCAUUCAGGUCUCAGCCCAGACUUAAUAUUGCCCAAACAGACCCUACAUUUCCUGGAAGAAAUCCCACGUCAGUUCUCAUUUUGUCUUCGUGGUUUACAAAUCCCAGAUUCUAACUUCACUGAGCAGCAAAAACUACAUUCCUGGGAAGUCAAGCAUUCGCCAGACUCUCUAACUCAAAUACUACAAGUUUCAGCAGCAAAGAUAGUAAAGCUGGAAGCUCUGAGGCAAGCAUGUCUAUACAGAGUCCUGGAUCUCUACAGCAACCUUCAGAUUCUGACUUGCCCAGAAGGUGUGAUGAGGAUCCUGAACAGUUUUGACUACAAAAAUAAUGGUGAAGAAGUAGCCCAAGAGGUUGCUCAGACUAUUGAGAAACAGCAAGUAGCAAAAGCAGUGGCUUUUCUCCAGAAGCAUCAUCAGGAAGGGGAUUUGCUUAAAGGUUUAAACGAAGAGUCAGAGGCUGAACUGAGAAACAUGCAGGCACAAUUUAGACUGGAACUUCAAACACAAGCAGAAGAAAAGAUGCAAGCCAAAGAAAUGCAAGUGAUCCAGAAGAUGGAAGGAGAGAAGUUAGGGAAUCUCGUGGCAUAUUUCAUCCUAUCUCAGAGGCACCUACGGCAAACAGUCAUAAUGCUACAAGACUGCCACAAGCUCAAGAAAAUUGCCUUGAGGUCCCAAAAGGAGGGCACAGGCCUGGAACAGCUUGUUGUAGAAGAGUUAUCGAUUGAUGAUAACACCAGGGCCAUUUCACAUCUCCUGAAGGACAACACAGAGUAUAUAUUUUUAGUGCUGGAAUUUAUACAAACUGUAAGGUUGUUACAACUGAGAGAGGAACAGUUUAAGGAAAUAGUCAGAAAUCUAAAAGGCUGCAUCCAGGACAAGUUUGUGGAUGAAGCUAACAUCAUAGCCAGUGAACUGAAAAAAUUCAGAGAGCAGAAAAUGGGAAGGCUGGAGGAACAGCUAAAACUCUUCCUGGAAAGUAAAAGAACAAAGACGACUAUUUCAAAGAAUUUUGAUCCGUUGCAGAACCUGAUGAAACAAUGCAUUGAAACAAAAACUUUCUUAGGAAAGGAUUUUCACCCAAAUUUACAGAAGUUGAGAAUGAGACCAGAAGAAGUAAAAAAAGGAAAAGAGACUCAGCAAAGCAACAAUCCCCUAUCAUCCAUCACCAACUCCUAUUGGGUCCCAGGGAUACAUCACAAGGCAGAUGACCAGCUCCUAUUGUUCUUGACUAAGAGUAUCAAGGUGCUGAAGCAGGCAGAACACCUGAUGGCAUCCAGAAUCAUUCUUCUGAAUCCACAGUUCACGACACCUUCUCUGUAUGGUGGUGAUAAAACUGAGCAUAUAAAAACCUCUUUUCUUCUUGGUCUUCUGAAAGAUGUCAACGAGGAGCUCCAAAGUCACGCAGUGGCAGCUGGACUAUUAAAAAGCCAAACGCUAGACAAAAAAAAAGCAAGCACUUCUCAGGGUAUACAGGAUGGCCUAAUGACUCAAGAAGGAGAACUAACAGUAGUUGAUCCUGCAACCCUUUCUACAAGAGAGUUUGUUGUGUACCAGUAUGGCAUCUCUGUCCUACAGUUUCUCAGGUUUCACAUUGAUGCUCCAGAAAUCAGCCUCUGUCUUGCCUCCAGCAUACCUCUCAGUAAUGCCACAGGCAAUGCUUUCAGAAACUCUUUCUUCUAUCAGAAUUCAAAGCACAAGCUAUUCAUUUUAAAGGAUUGCCUGAGUUCCGUAGGGAGUUUCCUUCUCCUCCUCGUGCACUGCUUAGCACACAUCACUGCUGCUGACUUCAACCAUGACACCAACCCACUCUUUCUGAGGCUAUUUCAUCAGGCACUUAAGGCUUGUCUUACUGAAACAUUCUCUCUAAGACUCCAGCUGUCAGCAGUUCUCCAAGGUGAUAAGUGUUAUGGAAUAAAUGAGCUGUUGCUAAAGGAACAACCAUUCUCCAAGGAGGAAGUAAGUCUCAUCUCCCAACUUUUUGAGGUGAAAGUGAAAAGCCUCACAGACAUGGAAGCCUUUGAGAAGGCAUAACACAUGAAGAACAACAUCUUGCUCCAUACAAAAUUUGAGGAACCAGUAGAUGACAAGUUGCUUGUGAAGAAAAAAGAUCAUUCCCUUCACGCCUCAAGCAGCUAUGAAAAGGGCAGGCUUGGAUGGAGGACACGGUGAGUGUGUUUUGACAGGAAGUAUUAUUAACUGUUGUAUUAAGACAGCAACAACUGAACCAUCUGGGGGGGUUGAAACAAAGCAAAUCAUGACACCUCUUCAUCAUGACUUCACUUUAUACUACAAAGUCAAUCUCCAUAACCUUCUACAUCUACUCCUGCUGUAUAAAGGAGAGCUUAGAUUUGAUGGCAGCCUAUGUCACAGUAAGAGUGAUUACUUCUCUGUAAGCUACCAUCUUUUUCACAGUA